UUCUUCCAGCGACUGUCCUCCCUUUACGUGAAAUGCGGACUGGAGAACAGGCAGCAGCAAUUCCUGCCAGAGCUGAGGCCACCAUACCAGUCCCCCCAGGCACAUAUGAAGACUUCAGAGCCUUUGAAGAAAGCCAGGAGGCUGUCUCCAGAACUGAGCUCUGGGACCGUGGUGGAAAAGAGGAUGUUGGAGUGGGUAAAGCGUUGGCAGAUGAAGCAGGUCAUGAUGUGUGCACGGAAGAAUUUGCCACAUCAGCAGUUUCCGAAUUCUCUCAGGGUGCUCCAAGUGCUGGAAUGUUCUAUCAUGAGAAACUGGCUGCUCCAUUUGAAAAGUGGCACCCGGGUAUUGAUGAUGUGGGGUAUGAGCCAGUUGACAACUCCCAUAUUCAAGACAGGCCGUAUCCUUUAUACAGCAGAGGUAAAUUGAAAGAAGAGGCCGCUGGGCAUGAAAAAGAUGAAGACCGUGACAUUGAUGAAACUAUUCUGCAGGAUUCACCUUCCGCAUUAGGACCGCAAGACUCUCUACUGCUUGAAGCAGCCGAGGAAGCUGUGGAGGUUCAUGGCUUUCCAGCAGAAGGCCGACCCAAAGAUAAUCUGGCAGAAAUAUCUAGAGAGAUUCCUGUUACUGAAAGGGAAACUCAUAAAGCAGGACAGAUCCUAGAUGAGAGACGACAGUGGUUGUCAGGGAAAGGAUAUGAUGAUGUUACCAAGAUGGAACCCUUUGAAACUCGUAUUGACAGUAAAGACAAAGAUGGAACUGAUACUGAAGAGAAAAAGCCUAAGACAUCCACACCUUCCUCUGCCAACCCCCUGAAAGAUAGAUCCUCCAUUACCCCCCAGCGACCCUCCUCUGUUAGUACAACCCCUUUGAAAAACCCCUCCAGUCCUGCUGAGUCCUCAGUACCAGCUUCCACUCCUAAACGCGUCUCUUCUAUCACAUCCCGACCUGCCAGUACAGGAAGGAAAGAAACAAAGCCAAAGGGUCCGGAGAUGAAAAGCGGAAUGAAGAUGGCCGCUCCCAGGUCUGCCACACAGACUCAAAAAAGCCCAGCCAACGCUACCCGGAUCCCGGCAAAAACGCCCACGGCCCCCAAGACGCCUCCCAAUGCUGCUGGCAGGAAGGAGCAGAGAAAGCCGCCUACCCCAGCAGCAAAAUCUGAAAAAGGUGAGCCUGCGAAGUCUGGAGACAGAAGUGGUUACAGCAGCCCUGGCUCACCUGGGACCCCCGGUAGCCGUUCCCGCACGCCCUCCCUGCCAACUCCCCCGAACAGGGAGCCCAAGAAGGUGGCAGUGGUUCGCACGCCACCGAAAUCCCCUGCUUCUGCCAAGAGCCGCCUGCAGACGUCUACUGCCCCCAUGCCUGAUCUGAAAAACGUCAGGUCCAAGAUUGGUUCCACUGAAAACCUGAAGCACCAGCCAGGAGGUGGAAAGGUGCAGAUAAUGAAUAAGAAGCUGGAUCUUAGCAACGUUCAAUCCAGGUGUGGCUCAAAGGAUAAUAUCAAACACAGCCCCGGAGGAGGCAGUGUGCAAAUUGUUUACAAGCCUGUAGACCUGAGCCAUGUGACAUCCAAAUGUGGUUCCUUGGGCAACAUUCAUCAUAAACCAGGUGGUGGCCAGGUGGAGGUGAAAUCGGAGAAACUGGACUUCAAAGAGAAGGUGCAGUCGAAAAUUGGGUCAUUAGAUAACAUCACCCAUGUCCCUGGAGGAGGGAAUAAAAAGAGAGAGAAGGGCAAGGACGAUGAGCGCGGUGCACAAAAUGGUGUGUCCCAAAGCGCAGGGCCUCAGGCAUUGCUCACUGAGCCCGCCAUCCCCGAGGAGAGCCCGCUCCCAGACUUGCAGCCAGAUGGCGAUGCCAAUCGAGUCUCACAAGCUGACCUUCCGCGAGAAUGCCAAAGCCAAGACUGACCACGGAGCCGAAAUCAUCUACAAGUCCCCCACCGUCUCCGGAGAUGCCUCCCCCCGUCGCCUUAGCAACGUCUCCUCCACCGGCAGUAUCAACAUGGUGGACUCCCCCCAGCUGGCCACGCUAGCUGACGAAGUGUCUGCUUCCCUGGCCAAGCAGGGCUUGUGAUUGCCUGGCCGUGGGCGGAGAGAAGAGAAGAAAAGAAAAAUCAAUCUGGCCUUCUUCCUCUGUUCCUUUUACAACUACUCCCCCCCCUCCCCCCUGCCCCCCAAAUGGGUAACGAUUUAACCUACUUUUACUGUCCCUUCAGCUCUGGCUCCAGGACUUCAAAAUCAGUAACAGCAUUAGAUAUAAACCCUCAUCUUCCCCAGGCGAUCUUAGCCCAGUGGAAAGGAACCUGAUAACCGCCCCCCCCCCCAAAAGGGAGUUUGGUUUCUGGAGAGGUUGGUGCUGCUUAAAAUUAACUUCAAGGUACAAGCCUGUUCCCAUCUCAGUCAGACUGAUCCCCAGCCCGCCAAAGAUACCGGCACCUCCCCACCUCUGACAACAUCCCCGGUUGCUUUCCAGCACCCACCCGCCCACCCCCUGCUGGGGAGCACGGGGCACUGCACUCACCUUGGAAAUCUCACGUAUGCAGUGUUGUUCCCAGGAUAUGAGACACCAGGAUGGGUGAGGUAAUAGCGUUUACUGGACCAGCGUUGGUUGGUGAGAGAGACGAGCUUUCGAGCUACGCACAGCUCUUCCCUCUGGUCUGGGAAAGUGCUUGGUGUCCCAGCUGAGUAACUGCGAGCACCCGCGGAAGAGCUCCAUGUAGCUGGAAAACGUCUCUCUCCCACCGCCGGAAGCGGGUCCAGUAAAGCUGUUACCUUGCCCGCUUGUGUGUCUGAUGAAAAUCUCAGACUAGUUAAUACUAUGUAGAAACCCAGAGACAGUAUGGGAGGCCACCCACCUUCCCCAGGGACUUCUUGGGGAGGGAUGUGACAGAAACACCUCUUUUCUCCCCUGGAAUUUGGCCCCGUAGCUACCUGGAUUCCAGGUCACAGGCUGGGGCCCGGGAUCCGACUGUCUCUUCUCUAAUUAAAGGGCACCAGCCUUCUUCCUUAUACCCAGCAAAACUGACUUUCAAGUCCUGGGAGCCCACAGCUUCCCUCCACUCGGAGCGAAUGGCACGUCCCGAAGGGGGUAGUACUAGUAGCCAUGGCAAACUCGCUGUUCCCAGAGCUGGUUCCUUUGUCUAGGCAAGGAUCUCGCCUGCUCUCUGGUUUGACUAACGUGGUUUCAGGGCUCCUUCUUUUAACUCGUAUUAAUGACAACAACUGGCGACUUUUUUCUCCCAGGCUGUUUCUCUUACAAAAGGAUAUCAGCCUUUAACCCGGGCUUCUAGGGGCAAGACCUGCUCCCACCACUGCUCUUCUCCUGGGCUGAGGCCUCUUACCCUACUUAAUUUGAUGGCCUUGGGCCCGUAUCCAGUUCACUGCCCUCUUCCUCCUAUCCCACUCCCACGCCUGCCAGCGUGUGCACUGUGUGGUCUGGAGUGCAGGCAACCCUGGAGCGCGGUCCCUCGGCAAGGCAACUAAACACUGGGUGAGUGGGUUGGGCGACCUGUUGUAAGAAACAGCAGAGUGCUGACCCAUCUGAAUGCCUAAGGACUAGUGUAAGGAUGGGGGGGAUGGCUGGAAUUUGUUUCCCUCCCUCAGUACCUGUAGCCUUUCUGUUCCGCACAUGGUAUGAGGCUAAGGCCAUGCCUGUCUGUGUCUGUCUGACUGGUUGAUGUGGGCUUGAAUACUCUGAGGCUGGCCACACAGAUUUCUCAACUUGUGUGUCAGUUUCUGAGAAGCUCCCUCAGCCGUUGCAAAGUGAAAGUUCUCUUGCCCUGAUCUGAGCUGAAUUAAUAGAGGACUUCUGGGUUCUGUGCUAUCUUCCAGUAGAAAAGGGAGACGCUUGAGUUAGACACAUGUGGGACAGCUAAGAGCUGCGGGAUUUGAAUUCUCCAUCUUGUUAGCGUAACAAUGCCUAGACUGAAGGCACGUUUCUUUGGUCGGAGCAGUGGAUAGAGGGUGACAGAGCCAGGGACAGAUGGAAAUAGCAUCACUAUUUCACCGAGCGAUUUUGGAAGAAAAUCUUUACAUCCAGGAGAUAAGAUGUGUCUGAAGAUAGAAAUUGAGCUUCCCUCUUCUCAAACCCAACUGCCUGCCCAUAAAUCCCUCCCUCCCCCUUAUAUCCCCAGGUGGCCCCUGCAUCUUUUAAGCUCCAAACGCUGGCUCCAUGCAGUGGUAAUGAUGACACUAGGGACUAGCAAAGGGAUGGUCUUGAAGGGUAUCCCCGCUGCCCUAGUUUUGUCGGAGUGGUGCAUUUUAUGCUGGAGCUGUUGAGUAGAUGAGUCUAGGAUGUUUUCUUUGGCAUACCCUCGUGUUGUAUAGUGGGAUUUGUCUGUAUAUGCUUGGAAAUCACCAGGGUGAUGAUUGUUCUAUAAAAAGCAUGUGUUGUAAAAUUCAGUAGGUAGGUUUCGAACUGCCCCCUGUGCUCAGUACUGUGCUAGAAUUCAGCCAAAGCGACUCUCGCUGUUGUCUGUUUAAUCAGCAAAGGGUGAGAGCAAAUCUGGCUAAGGCCAGAGACAAAUGCAGUAGAACUGAACUGGGUCAGCAUUGACCCGGUAUGAUGGGAAAUGUGUUUCCAGAAGCUGGAGGGGUCUGGCCCCCAUGAGCUGUGUGUGUUUUCUGGGAAUUUGGCCUGCAGACGAGAGAGAAGACUGGAAGUUCAUCGCACUGCUGCGCUGGUGAAAUUGUCCUGCUAGAUAAGUGGAGGUUGUCACUGAGCCCAACCCUUCGUCCUGUGCAGGACUGGGCCGUACGAGGUGUCCUCUGAGCCUUUUUCCAAUCUUCAUUAGAUGCCCCAGGUGAUGAGUCUGCCCCGGCUUCCUAUAGGUUAUUCCAUAGCCACUGCCCAGGAAACCCUUCCCCAAGGCCAAGUGCUGCUGUUAGCACCUGAGGGGACCGGUAGUGGCGAUAGGAGUUCUGCAGGCCUGCUGGUCACUUUUCUCUGGAUCACAAUUGAACCCAUGGGUGCUAUAGAUCCUGGCAGCAUUUUAAUGGACGUUAAACUUUGAAAAAGAGGCAGAGCGGAUCUCCUCUUGUUCCACCCCCUGAACGCCUCCCGGUGAUCUCCAGCAGGCUGGUCAGUGGAUUUUCGAAUCACACAAGCAUUUGCAGUCCCUGACACGCCUGUACUGCCCUCCUUUGCAGAUGGGGAAAGGGAGGCAGGCUGGGAGGAGCGAUUGGCCCAAAGCGUCACUGAAUCAUUGAGCUGGGAUUAGAAUUUGGGGAGCCUGGGGGUCAAACCAGUAAAACCUUUGAUUUCACAGGAGCACCAUUUCCUCCGUUAUCCAUUGACCCGUGGGUGGGAGAACCAGAGGGCAGCUCUGUUCCUUGUUCUGAAACUCCAGCUGCUCGGUCCCACCCUGUGCAGUGUCUGCCGUGAGACUGGGAACAAGGCUCACUUCUGUGCCAUUGACUAAUGGUCUUUGAUCACAGCCCCCAUGGUCACAUGGCUGACUCGCCAGGGGCGUAAGAAGCUUUAAUGUUUGGAAGUGGUGUGUUAGUCAUGUCCUGCGGCUCCACCGUUAACACCCUGUGCAGAAGACAGGCCCAGCUUCUCUGAGGUCUGUGCUAGCUUACCCGACCACUCAUGCCCUCGCCUCUGACCUCCCCAAGAGAGCCACUCUAGACAUGGGGGGCGAGGGUCUGGGACGUCAUGUCCAUGCACCUGGCUUGGGGGCUGUGCGUCAGAGGGCCACAAUCACACCCCAGCUGCCUGAAUUCUAGCUCUGGAUUAAAUGGAGUCCCAGGAACUUGAGCUGCCUCGUUGAUACCAGGGGGGCGUCUUCCCUUGCGAGAGGCUGAAUUAGGAAUUGUAAUUGGAAAAGAAAAUGCCAGGAAGUUGGGUGACUUCUUGGGGCUUUCAAGUGUCAAUUACGGAACAGUAGGUGAGCUGCUAAUGGCCCUGCUGCCACCUUUGCACCCGCUCCUCUUCUCCCGUGGCCACAGCGCCUGGCCCAGAAGCUCGGUCCUUAAAGGAAAACUGCCCUUCAAAGAGCUGGGCGCUGCCGCCCUGAACUCAAGCGUUCGAUGCUUUGGGUUUGCACCAUUCUAACCCUUUGUUUUAGCCACUGGUUUACACAACCCUGAGUGCAAAUGAAGGUUAAAACAAGACAAUAUGUCUCUUGCUGCUUUUGUUGCUAGGGCAACCUAGUCAGAACAAGCAUGAGGUCACUGGCCUUGGCUGCCGCUUGCCAGCCCUUCCCCUAGAUACUGCUGCACCUGCUCUGAGAAGUGCUCCGGAGCCGCCUUUCCUUCCCCCAUUGCCUGCCUCGAGGGCGGGGCUACCUGUGCAUUAGGUGACGCUAAUUGCGAGGAGGAGAGGGCAUUAAAAAGUCAGUAUUAGGGAGCUGGGGAUGCACUGGCCCGGUUCCCCCGUGUACCCAGCAAGGUGCCUGUGUAGGCCCACUGCCGUGCUCGGGGGCAGGACUUCAACCAGCCCGGCCCUGGUCGGGUGCCUGCUAUUUUACUGGGUAGACCUGCAUCAAACAGCCCUUUGCCAGUGGGAGUAGCCCCGUGUGAACUGCAAGGUGCCAGCAACCGCCCCUUCGAUCUGGGCUGUUGCAAUCGGGCGCUCUGUUUGAGAGGCACAGGGCUAGUGCUGGCUAGAGUGUAUGCCAGUAGCCGUGCUUGUUGCAACCUUACCGCCUGUAUGAUGAGCAGAAACUGCCCUGAGUUAGCCUCUAAAACCUCCUCCUCCUUAGCCUGCCCUCUACCAGCAUCAAGCCAACCCGCGGUAGCAGCAGGAUUUGGCCCAGCCCGAACGGAGCAGCCUGCUGCUCUUGUACCGAAACAACGGCGACAGGAGUCUUGGUUCUGGUGUAUGAGCUAAUCUUAAGGCAGCUCCCAGGGGGGGUUUAACUGCAUUCCCGCUGGCUGCUGGGCAAAGGAGGUUGGAGUUUCUAGCCCCUGAGCUGGUCUGGUUUCUCUCGGGUGCAGCACUCCGGUGCUCAUUCCCAUCAGUCCUUCAGGAACCAAGAGGCGGCAGGUGGAGGUUGCCUGUGGCACUGGCCCAGCUUUGAAAGGGAGAUGCUAGCUGGGGAGUUAGGGCAAGCAAGUCAGCCGAUUGGCUCGCACUUCUUUCCACAGCGGUCGCCCUGGUCACGCGGUGGAGACGCAGCCCUAAUGCUUGCUGAGGAUGGCAAGAGUCACACGACAGCCUGCAGUCACUGUCAAUAGUUCCACUUAACUGGACUCUAUGAUUGUAAGACCCUGUAAAGUCUGUGAUUAUCUUUGUAUCAUUGUGGGAUGAUAGGAACCCUAGGAGAUUUCUGUCCUAUGUAAAUGAGCAACUGGGAGAACCAUUUUAACCCUUUUCUGCUGCUACUGAAGACUGGGCACCUGCAGUGCCGUGAAUCUCAAACUCUCCUUAGCCAAAUUUCACGGAGUACAGUGUGGCCAAAAUGACUGUGGCUCGCUGCAGUCCCCUGGCCCAGGCAGCACCCAGUUAUUUUAGAAUGUAAAUAGCUGGAGUUUAGGAAUGGGGGGUUUUAGGUUUUUAUGAACCCGGCCUGAAUGUCAUUUGUUGUGAGCUUACAGAAAUCUGCAGACUCAACCCCCUUCCCAGAUGUUUCAACUUGGUCCUGUCAGAAUCCUGCAGUCAUUGCUGUCUAGAGCUUCUCUCCCUGCCCUUUCCAGCCCCCCACUCUGCUGGCAGCUGUCUUUACCCUCGCCAGCUGGGUCCCAGCCUUCCUUUGCAGUACCCAGACACUCCUCUUCUAGAAAAGUAGCUAGUCCCAGUUCCCACCCUAACCCUCCAUUCCCCAAGAGCCCAAGCCUGACCUCCCAGCCCAUAGAACACCGUCAUUUUAUAGAUGUCACCUACCUGGGCCUUAAGCCAGGGCCUGAGAUUUACUGCUAAGGGACGGUCCGUUGAUGUACUUGUUCCUUUGGUCUGAAAAGGGUUAAAACUGGCACUAUAGAACCGUAUUUCUGAACUCCAAAAAAUGCUCCUUCCAGGAAUUUGAAGUGGCAAAACGACAAUUCUGGUAUUCGCAAUCCUGUGAUUCCCUUUUUAAUUUUGGGGGGAGGGGGUAGGAGGGCUUAAUCUCUGUAUGAUCAUCCUAGCUUAGCUUCCCGUUUGUGACUGUCCAUAGUGUAGUGUGUGUUUUAACAACUGGUUUACACUGAUUGUUGCUGUAAAAGUGAAUUUGGAAAUAAAGUCAUUACUACAAUAA